ACCCUAAAAAAAAUUGUAGUGCCGAAACUAUUCAAAUUCAAAAAUGGACACCGGAAGUGUGGUUAGCGAACCGAUUUCUGCGCAUCAUCGAGCCUUUGCCAAGCAGAAAUCGGCCUCCAUGACCAUUCUCAAUCCGAAGAGCUGCUCCAGUGCGGCCAAGUACAGUCUGCACUCGGGAUCGGAGAACAAUCACGAUACGCAGACGCAGACUCAGAUGCAGACACAGACACAGACGUCGACGCACUGCUCGACAACGGGCAGGCGACGGAAGGGUGGCUCUUUGGGCGGAACGCUCUCCUCGCGCUCCACGCGCAGCGAGUCGAAGGAGUUGCGCUCCGCUCUGCAGGAUCGCGAGGCUGUCAUUCAGAAUCUGCGCAUUCAGCUGUGCUUGGGCAAAUUGCCACGCCCCAGUGGACCGCCUCUCGAUGAGUCAGAGAAGCCAGCAGCUGAGCAUAAGCUGAAUCGCCUCAAGGCGGAGGCGGAAAACAAACGCAUCAAGAUCAAAAACCUGAAGAGCGCUCUCGAAAAAUUAGAUAUCACAGAUAACAUUGAUAUACGAAUUCGUCAGGCGGAACUGGAGUAUGCGCUGGGUCGCGAGGAGCUGCAGAUGCUAUCGAUUGUGGAGGAGGCGCGCGCCUUGCAGGCACGCCUGGAGAAAUCCAAGCCUGAGGCGCAGACACUCUACAAUAUAAUCAGCUCGGGUGUGGCGCUAAGCUUGCAUGCGGUGCAUGCAACAUCCGGACGUUGGGCGGCCCAGCAGCGAGCGGAUCAGCCCGGUUUCUAUGUGGAAUGGGCACUGGAGGGGGAUGGACUGUAUAAGGGGGAUCGCAUACUGGAGAUCAAUGGACGGCUGGUGACCAGCAAGACCAAAGAGGAGCUGCAGAAGCAUGUGGGCAACUCCGGCAAAUGUCAGAUGGUUGUGCUGCGCAAGAAAACCGUGGCCAUACCCCAGAAGCAACUCGACCAGGAGAAGGAGAACAAUAUGCGACUACAGCAUCGCAUCUCCUACCUCGAGGAGCAGGUGCAUGAUCUGCAGAAUGUCAAGGAGCAGGAGCAACAUCAACAGCAGCAGCAUCAGCAGCUGAGGCACCAGCCGCAACAACAGCAGACAACCCAAUCGAAUAGUGCCCAUGUGACCAGCAUUAGCAUCUCCUCGCCACCCUCACCCUCGCCCACAACGACACCGCCGUCGGACAAGCCGCUCAUCUUUCAGCGUGGCAAUUAUAUCACCACUCUGGUGGGUGGCAAACCCAUUGAGCUGGUGGGCGAUGAGCUGCCGCCGGCACAUGUCACCAAGACCCUGAUCAAGGAGAACACUCACAUUGAUCUGCGCGAUCGUCUGCCCCAUCACUCGCAUCUCUAUGCCAUGCCCUCCAAGUCCCUGUCCGCCUCCAAGAUAUCCAUCAACAGCGACUCCGCCUACAUGCAGCAACAGAAGCGCGACAAGGAGCGCCAGCGCGACCGUCACGAGCGCCAACGCGACAGGGAGCGGGAGCGAGAGCGACCCAGAGAUGCACUGCAGCAACAGUUGCAGCAGCAGCUGCACAGAGAUCAUCUAAGGAGCACACAUGCACGCAGCGUGGAGCAUCUCAACCACUACAAUGGCUUGGAACGUCGACGGGGCGAUGUGUCACGGCAGAGCGAGGCUCAAACUCUGCGCGCUCGGCUGCCGAGCGAUGUGCGGAGCGUAAAAUCGCUCGACUUUGACAGCGAGAACGAAUCGAAGCCGAUGACGACAACGACGACGACGACGACAUCGAUGACGUCUGGGGAAUCGCGCACGAAUCAUGUGAGACCCACACCGCCAAAGAAACCGUUGCGCCUCUCACUGCAACGCGCUCAGAGCCUGCAGACAGUCGAGCUGCAUCCGUGCGCCGAACACGAUCGGAAGCGGCCCAUGAAGCGGAUGCAUCACAAUAGCAGCGCCAGUGGCGGCUCCUCGCCAAGCGAUGAGGGUCAGGGCCAUGGCCAUGGCCAUGGCGGAUCUGUGGCGCUCAUCGAGAACUGCAGUCCGAUGCAUACGGCCUCGCUGGGGCGCCACAAACUCAUCUGAGUUUGAGUUUGAUUUGGACUUUUAGCUUACAACUUGGUGGAAACUGCUCUGGCUGACCUGAGUCAGUGAGUUUUCCAUCCAACAGACAGGCGGACAUGUGCAAAAUUGAAUAACCUAAUUAUAACUAAUAACUAUGAUUACAAUUGUGAAUUUUCUCAUACACUUAAAGUUCGACUUAAAUAUUACAACUUACCAGAUAUAUAUAUAUAUAUAUUUUGCUGUACUCGUAAUUAGGGCUUGGCUACCAUUUCGGCUUUAUUAUUAUCACAAACUCGAGAGAAUUGAAAGAUUGUACACAAAAUCUAUUAGCACCAUUUUUUAUUUAUGUAAAUACACGAGUUUUUGUCAUUUGAA